UAUGCAGUCAAUUGGGCAAAAGUCGAUUAAACCGUUUAGUAAUGAUUACAAGCUGAAAGUUGGAGAACCGUUCAUCGUCAGGUCAAUACGAGAAUUAAACCAGCAGAUCGUGUGUUCUUUAUGUGCCGGAUACUUUAUAGAUGCAACAACAAUAACAGAAUGUCUGCAUACCUUUUGCAAAAGUUGUAUUGUGAAGUAUCUUCAAACAAUGAAAGCAUGUCCUGUAUGUUAUACAAAAAUUCACGAAACAAACCCACUACUCAACCUCAAAAAAGAUCAAGUAAUGCAAGAUAUUGUUUAUAAAUUGAUUGAUGGAUUAUAUGAACGUGAACAAGAUAGAGUUGCUAAGUUUUUUGCAUCCCGUGGUAUGACGCAAGGAGAUGAGCAAGAGAGGCAACGAAGUCACGCAAUUGCUGCUGCAUAUGAAAAUCCAAAUGCUCAUGCAUUCGAAAACGGAACUGUUAUUUGUUUCACGUUAGAAUGUGUAACACAAGAAUCUAUUCAGGGAUAUCAACCAAGAGACUUAGAGAAAAAAUAUGGAAGAGUUUCUGCCCGAGCUACAAUGAUGAAUUUCCAAUCAAUGAUUAGAAAAAAAUUAGAUGUCCCUGAAACUUUAAAGAUCGAUUUAUAUUGUGACGGCCAUUUACUAAGCGACUCAAUGACUUUAAGGAAGGCAACACUCAUAUAUUGGCAUCCUAAACCGUCUCCAGUGGCUAUGCAGUUCUCAGUGUCGCCAAAGUCCAGUUAG